AAACUGGUCCCCGCCGCGCCAGGGCUGCUGUUGGAGGACUCAUACGUUCCAGCUCAAAUGUGCAAGUGAUACUUGUAUAUGGUGUGACCACUGACCACGCUUCACCCCUGCAUACUUCGGGUUGGGGCUUGCCCGUCCCGGGCUAGAUGACGCGUUGGCUAUGUGAAUCCCGACAGUGUUGCGAGACAUCUGUCUAAAUAUUUGAGAAUGCUGCCUUGCCUCUCCUUCAUUCUCCGUGUCAUCCAGACACUGACAAGAUGGAAUGGUUUAAUUCCAGCGGUGUUGCAUACCUGCGGCCACGAUAUCAUUCACGGCUGCUGCGCAAGUCAACCGCAGUUGCCCGCAGUCGAUUCGUGGGAUGGUGUCUUUCCACCGGGUCUGCUCGAGAGCUCAAAGGCAAGAUGUUUCAUCUCAUGGCUACAUGCCAGUUUAUUCGAGAAGGCCCGGCGGGCAGUUGUGGCAAUGCUGGGAAUAGGCUGUAACAGACGAUCAUUAAGAAAGUAUGUGUGUUUGCAAGAGCAUACGCCGACUAGACAUAUAGGCGGGAUAGUCACGAUUAGGUUAUUAGCUUUGAUAAGCUUCACGCCGGUUGCAGUGCGGACCAGGAUAUGAUGCUGCUUGGAACCGAUAACUUCUCGCUGCAUGCCUAUGACUGCUAUUUAGUAGGGCAUCCUCUUUAAGCUCCGCCUGUACCGCCGCGUACAGCUCUCUAUUAUUAUGAUUUACAGUUGUCAAGAACCCGCCCUAUAUACUACUGAGUACACCCAGACUAGAGUAUUUUAUGAUAUAUACUAUAGGAUAGUCC